GGCGCAAUGACUGGAAGUCUAUGGGUAUCUGCUAUUCCUUUAACGCUUAUUGUCUGUCCCAGGUUCGUCAACAUGUCUUCUCAUCUGCAGUGGAUGGUCAUUAGGAACUGCUCCAGCUUCCUCAUCAAGAGGAAUGGACAGACUUACAGCACCGAGCCCAACAACCUGAAGUCCAAGAACUCCUUCCGUUUCAACGGGCUGGUGCACAGGAAGACUGUUGGUGUUCAGCCUGCAGCUGAUGGAAAGGGUGUCGUUGUCGUGCUGAAGAAGCGUGCAGGCCAGCGCAAGCCUGCCACUUCAUAUGAGAAGAUCACCAUCAACAAGAACUCGCGUGCCACUCUCAGCAGCCUGAGGCACAUCAUCCGCAAGAGCAACUACAGAAAGGACCUGCGCAUGGCUGCUCUGCGUCGUGCCAGCGCCAUCCUGAUGAGCCAGAAGCGUGUGGUGGUGGUGAAGAGGCGUUCCAAGGCUGCCAAGACUGCAUAAAGUUGCCGAGUUAUGACAAAUAAAAAUAAAAAAUGGGUUUGAGAAACA